AUGAGCCCAAAAGUGAAUUACACCUUUACAAGUCAAUUUCAGAGACUGAAGGUGGGAGCGGCUUGCAAUGCCAAUGAAAAAUUGAAAAUAGAGCCAAGCACAUUAAAGAAUAGCGAUUCAUUUAUUUUCAGCUCGAGCGAAUGCCCAGUUUUCCAAAGAGCACAGUUAACUGAAAUCAAGAAAAUCCCAACCGUCUGGAAAGAAACAUUCAAAAUCCAGUUGGAUUCUGCCAUAGAGUACAUGCCGUGUGAUUCGAUAGGCCUUCUCGUUCCGAACUCUGACCAAAUUGUGGAUGGGAUUUGUAAAUACUGCAAGUUCGAUAAUCAGAGGCUGAAAAUUGAAAGAAAAGGUGCAAACGGCUUUAUUUUUGAUGGAAUGCUGAGGGACUUCAUCAAAUAUAGAAUGGAUGUUAACACCAUUCCGAAGAAGAAGUUCCUUCUGGAGCUUUCAAAAAGUUCUAAAAAGAAAAAUGAGCUGGAGUAUAUUUGCAGUUCUGAAGGCUCAAGAGAUUACAUGAGUAUCGGGCUUAGAAUGAGUACUUUGCUAGAUAUUUUAGAGGAGUUUGAGUGUGAGCCCACGCCUGAGGAGUUUCUUCUGCACUGUGAGAUUCUUAAACCAAGAUAUUACAGCUUGAUUCAUGAAAAAGGUCCUGCAGAAAUUCUUCUAGGCGUCAUUUCAAAGCCCAUUGACGGUGAAGUCGUUUAUGGUCAUGUUUCAAGGUUUAUAAUGGAAAUCUACACAGAAAAGCUUAGACUGUUAUCAGACAGACCUGACACAGAUGCAUCUUGUUCAAUACCCAUAGAAUACUGCAUUAGACAAAAUAAGCUUUUUGAGGGAUUUUCUUCCAAAAACGUUGUUUGUUUUUGCACUGGAACGGGCAUUGCUCCCUUUAUUUCAUUUUACAGAAGAUUUCUGUUAACAGGCACUGUUGAGAGAUUAAAACUGGUGUAUGGUUUUAGAUUUGACCAGGAUAAUCUUCUUAACUACUACGAUGUCAACUGCGACGAUGUGACACUGGCCAAAUCUAGCAUGGGAAUGCAUGUCUAUGAUUUUGUAGACGCAAUAUCAGAGUUCCAAAACGACUGCAAUGUAUUUAUAUGUGGAAACAUGAAAAUGCAAAGAGACUUAUUCCUUAGGAUAAAAUCAAGAUACCCAAAUCUUGUCGAAAACAAAAGGAUUUACUUUGAUAACUGGACAUGA